AUGCGCGUCUUUCUGACUGGAGGCACCGGCCUUGUAGGUCGUCACAUAGUCCCAGAGCUACUUGGGGCCGGGCACAGCGUGCUAGCUCUUUCCCGCAACGAAACAUCUCACGCCAAAUUGAAAGCCUCCGGCUGUUCCAUCCACCCAGGAGACUUGACGAAUCUAGAAGCGCUCAAGAGCGCAGCAGCCGAUCCUUCCGUCGAUGCCAUCAUACAUACGGCAUUUGAUCACAAUUGGAGCAAAUUUGUGGCUAGUUGCGAGAUGGACAGAAAAGUCAUCGAAGCGAUCGGUCAUCGACUUGCAGAGCUCAAGUCUAGCAAACCUUUCGUCGUCACCUCUGGAACGAUGCUCAUCACGCCCACAGCCGGUAGCGAUGGCAGACUCCAGGCGGGCAAAGAGAGCGAUGCUUUCGAAGCUAAUUCCCCUACGCCCAGGAAGCAUUCAGAGGAGCUCUCCGACGCUUUGGCUGAGCGACACGGUGUGAACACUAUCACGGUCCGUCUUUCGCCCAGUGUGCACAGCGGACAAGAAGAUAAGCAAGGUUUUAUCCACAUCAUCACGAAGAUGUGCAAGGAGAAAGGCCAGGCAGCUUAUGCCGGCGAGGGCCAGAACCGCUGGAACGCCGUGCACGUCAAAGACGCCGCAGCUCUUUACAGGCGCAUCGUGGAGGUGGAGUACGCCCAGGUGGAAUCCGGACAAACCACCUUUGCGCCUCAUCCCGCCAAGCGCGCUCAUGCCGUUGGAGAGCAAAGUGUUGCUUUCAAGGACAUUGCUGGCGCUAUCGGCAAGAAGAACAAUCUCCCAGUGGUCUCGCUCGAGGGCGAUGCUUUCGGAGCGCACUACAGCAUGUUCCAGUACUUUGUCGCCAAGGACAACCCAAUCUCGUCGCAAUACUCCGGCGAUACUUAUGGCUGGAAGCCCACUCAGAUCGGACUGCUAGAAGACAUUGAGAAGUACUACCCAGUUCUCUAA